CUGAAGUGUGUGUGUGUGUGUGUCUCAGGCUGGCCAAUCAGAGGCUGCUGGCGGGUCAGUCUCAGGUGGAGGAGCUGCAGAAAUCUCUUCAGGAACACGGAUCCAAAGCUGAUGAUACGGUCUUGAUGAAGAGGAAGUGUCAGGAACAUCUAGAGAAACUACGGGACGCCACUAACGAGCUUCAGACGAAGAGCUCCGAGAUCGAAGAGCUGGAGAACAAACACAGUUCCAGCGCUCAGAGGAUUGAAGAUCUGGAGGACGCGCUGAAGAAGAAAGAUGAAGAUAUGAAGCAGAUGGAGGAGAGAUACAAGAAAUACCUGGAGAAGGCCAAGAGUGUCAUCCGUACGCUGGACCCCAAACAGAAUCAAGGUUCUGCUCCUGAAGUUCAAGCCCUGAAGAACCAGUUGCAGGAGCGCGAGAGGAUGCUGCACUCACUCGAGAAGGAGUAUGACAAGACAAAGUCUCAGAGAGACCAGGAGGAGAAACUCAUCGUGUCUGCCUGGUACAACAUGGGAAUGGCUCUGCAGAAGAAGGCGGCUGAGGACCGGUUGGCCGGCACCGGGUCGGGACAGUCGUUCCUGGCCCGGCAGAGACAGGCCACCAGCACCAGACGAGCCUAUCCGGGUCACGUCCAGCCCACGGCAGCCAGUGAUGUUAAAGCAUGAGCGGCAGGGGCGGGGCUGCAUGACAUCAGGGGGCGGGGCUUGUAUGAUUGACAGUUUAACCCAUCGCUGCACAUUAACUAACCCAUCAGCACCUGUGUGCUAUCCCAGAAUGCUCUGGUCAGAAGUGGGCGGGGACAGCGCGUACUGGUAAAGACGGAUGAACUCCAUCAUCAAGCCCUGAUGUUCCUCACGCCUGUUUAGAUGCAUCGAUCAUUGUUCCAGUAUCUCCUGUAGUGUAUGAUCCGUAUGAGCGAGUGAGCUGGUGUUUCCAGCGGUAUCGGUGUGUGUGUGACGGAGAUGAGCGUAUCUG